AUGCAAGGGCAGAGGAAUUCUAUGGAGCAUUUUGCUGAUGUUUUUGGAUUCGACAUUGCAUCUAGUUCAGGCAACCCUGUGAUGGAUCAGCAGUCAUAUUGGAAUAAUGUUCUUGGAUCAGUAGAAUCACAGAAUCUUCAAGGUUAUCAGAUGAAUCACAGUGAUGCCGCCAUGCCAUAUGGAAAUGAGGCACAGCAAGAUGGUACAUUUCUUGGUUUCUGGGAAUCAGGCGAAGCAAGUUCAAGUGGCAGCGCACUAAACUAUGGCAGCUCCAACAAUGUCAAAACAGAGCAUCUUAACAUUGACGGUGGACUGAGGAUUGGUGAAAGGCGAAUGGUAGCUGAUAAUGGCAUUUCUCUGGAUGUGGAUAUCAACCUUAACGCCAACGUUAACGAUCUAUGUGGUCAAAGUUCAAAUGUUAACUGUACCUCUCAAGGUCCUGAGCAGUAUGGUGGCAGUGAUCGUAAUGGUAUAAAUUCUCAGCCAACUGACCUGAGAUUACACCCAUACAGGACAUUCCUGCUAGGUGCAGAGCAAGCAGACUCUUUUACUUUGAAUCCUAGUGAAAACCCUUUGGGUGAUUUUUCAUUAAUGCAAGAAAGCAUUGAUCAAAGACCAGGUAGUUCCCUGGAUGGUCGCCGGCUAGCGUGCAAGAGAAAAAAUAUUGAAGGAGCCAAUGGCCAGAGUUCAGCAGGUGCUAGCACAAGUUUUUCCCACAGGAACGAUAAUGCUUUCCAUAACAUUGAUUCUUCAAGUUUCAAUCCUGCACCGAUCAGAAAUUCGUCCUCUCCCAAUUGCUUGCCAGUUCCAAGUUCUAUUGAGGAUCAACUCCCGCGAUAUGGAACUAAUGCAGGGAUCUCAUCCGGUACCUAUGACCUUAAUGGAGGGGUCAACAAUGCUGGGAAUUCGCAGAGAAGUUUCCGGGCAAGAACUACCACGUCUCAACAGAUUGCUCCCUGUAGUGUAUGGCCUUCUUCAAAUGCUAUAAGACUUUCUAAUUCAUGGAAUCACCAGCCACCUCAUUUUCAAAGUGCAUCUGAUGAUCCCCAGGAGGUUAUUCCUGUGGUCAGCAGCCUCAACUUGCAAUACCAGCAUCUAGUGAAUGUUCCUGGUGUGCCACAGGCUGCAAACCGUUUCACUGGCCAUGGAGCUUCAUCAUCGAGAGCUGGCAGUUUGGAGAACAGAAUUCUUGGUAGUGAAGAUGUUCCUAGGAGGAAUGUGGUGCCUACCAACUACUCUGAUUUAGUUCCCCCAUCUGCUGUAGACCUGAGACGUUUGGUGCCAGAACCAUCUAAUUGGAGCUCUGAUGUCCGAGGCACUGCAAUAUCAGGAAGUAUUCCUCCUGUAUCAAGAGCUAAUAACAGUUCAACAGUCAAUCCACCAGCAGGAUUCAAUCACCAAAACCUCACCAGACGCCAUCCUCGAAACUUGUCAGAGGAGAUUGGUCGUCUAUCUGGAGCACUCCGCGGCCAUCAACCCCCACGCCUAAGGUCAGGGUUUCUGUUGGAGCGCCAGGGCGAUGGUGUUUGGGGUGUUCCUUUAUCAACAAGGGGUAGGGAAGGAAGAAGGUUAAUGGAGAUCCGGAAUGCACUUGAAAUGAUUCAUAGAGGGGAGAAUGUAAGGCUCGAGUCUAUCUUCUAUGGCGGCGUUGACAUUCAUGACAGACACAGGGACAUGCGCCUUGACAUUGACAAUAUGUCCUAUGAGGAGCUAUUAGCACUUGAGGAAAGAAUAGGAAAUGUUAGCACUGGCCUCAGCGAGGAAGAUGUGAUAAAGUUGCUGAAACAAAGGAGAUUUUCAUCUUGGAGACUAAAAGCAUCUUUGGACCCUGAACCGUGUUGUAUCUGCCAGGAGGAGUAUGUUGAUGGAGACGAUCUUGGGAGGCUGGACUGCGGGCACGACUUCCAUGCUGGCUGCAUCAAGCAAUGGCUGGUGGUGAAGAACGUGUGCCCCAUCUGCAAAAACACCGCAUUGAAGACCUGA